UCCCUUCUCUUUCUCCUCAUCAAUUCCUCUCACAGACCCUUGAUUUUCUUCCUACACAAAAUCCUCUGCCUUUCUAAUAUUUCUUGAUAUACGAGGAAAAGCAAAGACACAGAGAUAGAUAAAUGGAAAAGUUUUCCAAGUUAACAAAGCUCAAGUCCGCCAUAAAGAGAUUGCCAUCUUUCACCAAGAUAGGCCGCACAAAUAGCUCCAUUGCUGCUUUUAACAACGAUCAUGAUCAGUAUGAUCAGUCUGAUGAUCACGUCGAUGGCAAGAUUUCAAAUGGACUUCAUGCAGUUUAUGUUGGAAAGUCAAGGAGGAGGUAUCUUGUACGUUCCGAUGUCAUUUGUCAUCCUCUUUUCCAAGGUUUAAUGGACAGGUCAGGCGCUGGUUCUGGUGAUGAAGAAGAUAAUCAAGUAGUUGUUGUUGCUUGUGAGGUUGUUUUGUUUGAGCACUUGUUGUGGAUGCUUGAGAGUGGUGGCUCUCAGUUGGGGUCCAUGGAGGAGCUUGCUGAGUUCUAUUACACUUGCUGAUGAUGACGACGGUGAUGGUAAAAGUUUGCUGUAGUAAAAGAAUAUUAGAGGCAUUCAAAGGAAAAUAAUCAAGUACUGUACUAAUUGAGCUUGAUUGUGAGGACAACCCAUUUGCUUAAUGGUGGAUUGUGUUGUUAAAGAAGGUGAUUAAUUAGCUAGGGUUUUUUUUUUCUCAAUUUUUUAAAAGUAUACAGAGAUUAGGUCACAGGUCAUGAAAUCAAGUUUUUAUCUCUUUAUGCUUCGAGAAGCCAUUAAUCUACUCCCUAUCUCUUGUACGUUUAUCUUUAUGCUUGAAGGCAGCGUAAGAUCAAAUGAAUCACAACAGGACCACGGCAAUAUGUAUGGUUCAGGUUGGCAAUCAAAUCAAUAGGAUCUUCUUGUAGUUAGUAUGUUUUAAUGUACAUUUUUUUGUUGGAAA